CGGACAUACACGAAGCAGACACGCCCAUUGCCCUUCCACUCGGCUUCCCACACUUCUACCGUACAACAUCACCGGCCGGAUACUUCCAUAACUUUAACCCAAGAUCCAGGGCAAUUUAGUUGCUUCCCAUCUGAACUCUCUUUUCCAGCUUGACAUAAAGCAAAACCCCCCUCAAAAGAAAAGUAUGGGUUUCUGAAAAUUUUCUCGGAACGUUACAUACCCGAGAAAAUCUGAGAGAAAGAGAGAGAGAGAGAUCGAUUGAAUUCCUGAUGGGUUUUCUCAUGGCUGCUCUGACGUGCUUCAACCUUCUUGCCUGGCCUCUCUUUUCACUGGGGUUUCCUCUAUAUGCAUCAGUUAGGGCAAUCGAGACAAACUCCAUUCAAGAGAUGAGGGCUCUGGUGGCAUACUGGAUUCUCUUCUCUUUGAUUUCAAUCUUUGAGCUUGCUUUUGGGAAGCUCCUUCAAUGGCUGCCAUUCUGGCCUUACAUAAAGCUCAUAACUAUCUGCUGGCUGGUGCUACCCCGGUUCAAUGGUGCUUGUUAUGUUUACGAGCAUUUGAUACGCCAAUGGUUAUCUGUUAAUCCAGAAGGACUUGUCAACCUAAUUGUUAAGCCCCAAAAGAGCACAUCCUUGGAUGCAGAGAGAUUUCUAUCUAUGGCAGAGAAGUAUGUUAAGGAGAGUGGAUGUGAAGCUUUGGAGAAACUCAUUGCUGGAAAGCACGAGCAUAGGAAUCCAGACGUUGACAUGGAAGAGAUCAAGGCAGUAACAAAUACAGAGGAAAAAGGAACUGCUGCAUCAAUGCUGAAAGUGCCUAAUGCUGUGAAAGGCAACACCAAGGCAGUGGAGCUAACAGCAAAAAACUAUGAUGCUGCCACAGAGCGAUCUCCACCGAAAGUGCCUUAUGCGGCUAAGGAGAAUGCCAAAGCAGUGGAACUAAAGGAGAAAGAUCUAGCUGCAACAGAAAGGUCUCAUCCGAAAGGGCCUGAUGUGGCCAAGGAGAAUGCCAAAGCAGGGGAAGUAAUGAAGAAAGAUCUAGCUGCAAUAGAAAGGAAUAACAUCACAGAGAUUCUUCUUCCAUGUGAAACAAAAGAAGGUUGAUAUUUAGAGCAAGGUUGAUAUUUGGAACUAAUUAUUUUGAAGUUAAAUUGAAAACAUCUUUGAUGUGCUGUAAUUUGGAUUAUGUUUGUAUUUUGAAAAUAACUAGACAAGUAUUUUGGUUAUCUUAUUGUAUGGUGAAUGAUAUUAUUAUGUUUAUUACAAAUUGUAAAAUUAUUAUUACUUGAUUAUCACCCUAUAUAAAGCUUGAGCCCGAACCCGAGCCCCAGUCGAGCUCGAGCUUGGUUUGUUAAUCCAAUUAACAAGCCGAGCCAGAGCUCGAUUAACGAGCCGAGCCCGAGCCCGAGCCCAAGCCCAAGCCCAAGCCCAAGAAAUGUUAUCGAGCCGAGACGAGCUUAGGGAAGCUCGGUUUGUUUGCAACCCUAGGCAGUCUUAGAUAACAAUAGUGACAUAUCAAGCCUUUAUCUCACUGUGUGGUCUUGGCCAUAUGAAUUCUAGCGAUUGCUAGUUAUUUCUAUCUAUGACCUACUCUUUUGUAAAGCCCUUAUAGCCUGCUUCAUACCCAAGUGUCUCCCAUCAAGUUUUUAUUGUCCUUCCUCUAUCUCUUUUGAUACUAUUUGUUCCAUGCCAUCCACUCUUCUUGCAUUCUUAUAUACACACGUCAUAAAUCUUUCUAUGGUUUAUAUUGGAUCGAAACAGCAUGUAUUGUCUAAUUUCUCAGGUUAAGCGUGUAGAACCAAAUCUUGCUCAAACUGAUAACAAAACUGUUGCAGCUUUCUGAUGAACCUUUUGUUUUUUUAAUUAUGUUUUU